AUGUCAAAUUUGUCAAAGCUUGAGUUUGUGGCAUUUGACAUUUCUGGAAAGAAUUACCUUUCAUGGGUUCUCGAUGCUGAGAUUCACUUAGCCGCUAAAGGCCUUGGUAACACCAUUACUCAGGUGAAAAAUCCACUUGAAUUGUGGACUGGCCUGAAGGAAAGGUAUGAUCACCUUAAGGCUACGGUAUUGCCAAGGGCUCGAUAUGAGUGGAUGCACUUACGAUUGCAAGAUUUUAAAACCGUAAGUGAGUAUAACUCUGCUGUAUUUCGAAUAACUUCCCAAUUGAAAUUAUGUGGGGAAGUUAUGAAUGAUGAGGAUUUGCUGGAAAAAACUCUUACAACUUUCCAUGCCUCAAAUAUGGUAUUACAACAGCAAUACCGUGAAAGGGGUUUUAAAAAGUAUUCUGAAUUGAUCGCAUGCCUUCUGGUGGCUGAGCAACAUAACACCAUUUUACUGAAAAAUCAUGAAGCUCGUCCCACAGGGUCAGCUCCGCUUCCUGAAGCAAAUAUGGCAGCUAAACGUGAUAAGUCUGGAAAAAGACAGAAAAAUAAUCAUGGUCAUAUGAAUGUACGUGGGUAUGGCAAUGGUAAGAGGCGACAUGAUAGUAGUCAUCGUGGUGGUCAUGGAAAACGAGAGAAUAAUAUGGGUUCUCAAAACAAUCCUUCAAGAGGCAAAAGUGGUAACUGCCACCGCUGUGGCAUGGAAGGCUUUAUCAAAAACUCCAUCAAAAGAAAGACAAAUAAUGUUGGAGCAUCUUCUGCUAAUGCCCCAGUGGAGUUACACUUGACCUUUAAAAAUGAUUUUGAGGCAGGGUCUUCAAACGAAAAUGAUGACAAUGCCGAGGCAAAUCUUGCUUUGAAAGAUGAUGAUUUUCAAGGCCUCGAUGAUCUUAUUCAUUUGGAAGUUGAAGAUUCAUUUGGAGAUCAAAACUAA